CGAUUCCCGUCUCGUCUCUUGACCCUUUUUCUGUCUUCUCUUUGUCGUUCUGACAAGGAUCGAUAGGCAAUAAUGUGGGGGAAAAGAAAAGAUAGGAGAAACACGACCAGAAUCCAUGGUACAGAAAAGUAUCUAGAUGACGUGCACUGGUUACUAUUGAUCGCUAUUGAAAUCAUCAUCUGCUGGGUAUCCGCAAACAUCUUCCCCAUACCAUCAGGCACUGUAAAAAUAUCCAUAAUGAAGCUAUCCAUGUUACUCAAUACUCUGUACCUGAGUUAUGAUCGAAUCUACCAUGUCAUAUCUCGAAUGAUCUCUUUCUCGAUGCGGGGGACUCCUUGCUUUGAUCCUCCCUAUCCGCAACCAACAUCAUGGCCACCUCAGCGCGGCUGGCCAGUCUUUAACACUCCAGACAAUGAAUAUGCAGGCCAGCCGUUCGUCAAUCGGUAGAUGAACUCUAUCCUCUCUUUAGUCUUUGUCCAGUCAUUGCGAAUGAUGAAGUUACUUUAACUUUUCAUCCAUGUCUGUACCUAAACCAGGUACUGUCCUACAUACACAUAUCUUGAAAGAAGUACCUACUCGUAUACCAUGGAUACUAUCCAGGUUCAGCCAAAUACUCCAAAGUAAGGGAUCUAUCUCGAACAAAGAAGCCCAGUGAAGUGAAGCCCAACCAACUUAUUAAGAUAGAAGAGAGGGGCAGAUUUAUUGCAUCAUGCGGUUUUACUCUUAUUCACG